AUGUCCUUAUCACUCGAUCCCGCGCGUGAACGCGACGUUUUCGUUGAAUGGGUGCGAAAGAUGCACCUCCGCGCGCCAAUCUUGCCGCCCGCGUACGUCCCGUACGACGACGCGAAGGCGGUGAGAUCGCCGCGGGCGAUCGCGCGUGAUGCGCUGCUCGCGUUCGGUGCGGCAGUGAAGAUCGAAAAGCUGCGCGAUGGAGACGAGGACGCGGACGGGACGGAAAGCGAGACGACGAGCGGGACGACGACGGAGACGCUGUAUAGAAUCAAGGCGACGACGUCGCGAGGGUUAGAGUUGUUCGAUAGCGACGUCACGGGCGUACCGAGACGAGUCGUUUUGAACGAUGAACACUGUGACGUGACGCGUGGGGUGGAAGUGGCGCUGAUGAAUAUGGCGGCGGGGGCGCGGUGGCGCGCUCGAUGCGACUGGAGCGCGACGUACGGACACGACACGGCGAAGGCGCGAAGGUUGAUCCCAGACCCGCGUUUGCGCGAGGGAGAUGCGAUUAUAUACGAGCUGGAGGUGGUGAACCGCAUGCCCGUUCACGUGGUGCGCGUUCGAGAGCUUGAAGAUGGAUCCUCGGUGGCGCUCGCCGGAGGCGGUUGGGCGAGAUGCACGAAAAAGACGACUACAAGUGGAGGCGGGUGGGAGACGCCGAGACCACCUUUUGAGGUGACGAUAGAGACUAGCGCGAUGUUGGUGAAAGGUAAAACGAAAACGGGCGACGAGCACGGUGAAGAUGAGUUUAUGGAGAAGAGGGUGGUGAGUUACGUUGUCGGAGACGGGCGGGUGCCGCUGGCGCUCGACGCGGCGGUGCGUACAAUGCGCUUGAACGAAGAGGCGUUAGUGUGGAGCAACUACAGCGGAUUCGGCAAAAACGUCACAAAGGCGUCGAAGCUUCGACGACUGAUUCCGGCGCUUCCGAGCGAUGGUUCCGAGCCCCUUCACGGCGUGGCGUACAAGGUGAAACUCGCGGCGAUGCGACACGUGCGAGACGUCUUUAACGACGGCACGACAAAGAAGACACGAACGCGCGAAGGUUUGGGCCAGUUCCCUUCUGACUGUCCCAUGAAUGAUUGCAUGGUGCGUGUGCACUUCAUCCUGUCCACCGCGACAGCGAUUGGCGCGCACAGCUCCUUGGCAGAGCGCUACGACACGCGCUCUGACGCUUCGUUGAAAGGCGCGCCAUUCGAGUUUCGUCUCGGUUGUGGAGCGCUCCCUGAAGCUGUGGAAACGUCGAUUCGCUUGAUGAUUCCAAAAGAAGAAUCACGCGUAGUUCUCGACUUGACACUUGGCGAAGAAGCUCGUCAGCGAGGAUACGGCGCGAAGAAUUGUCGUCCAGACGCGCCGGGGAGCAAGUUCGGCGUCGUCGCGAACCUCGCCAUGAUUCAAUGGGACGUCGUUCUCGAAUCGUUCGACGCGGCUGUGAAUUGGUAUCAAGCAGAUGUGAGCGACAUGCUCGAAGAGGCGUUGUUGAUCAAAGAAGAGGCGAAUGCACUAUUCAAGACGGAGGUGUACGAACUCGCGCGAGCCAAGUACGAAAAGACGCUCCACAAACUUGAGAGUCUUCGAGGGUUAGAGUCUAGCGAUUUCGAUCGCGUGGAAGCGAUGAAAUGUACUCUUGCGCUCAAUCUCGUGGCAAGCUUACAGAAACUCCACCGACACGUCGACGCUCUGAAGCGAGUGAACAAGAUUUUGGACUCGGAUCCGGUGAACGCCAAGGCGUUGUUUCGACGAUCUGUCUCCUACCUCGCCCUUCACGAGUUUGUCGCCGCGCGAGACGAUUUAUUCGCGUGUUUAGAUGCGAAUCCUAGCUUACAGAGCACCGUAGCGAAACAAUUGGACUUAGUCAAGCGCACCGAGGCGCAAGAACUCGAGUGCGAGCGCGCCGUCUUUCGAGGCAAAUUCUAA